GGAAGCCAAGUCAGUAUUUGUUUAUUUCAGCUGGCGCCUUGUUACACGAACGAUGAUUGGAAAGCUUGGGGGACAAAAUGCACACAAUACACCACCCUGUUCGAGCCAAGCCGCAAAACCAGCCGACAGACCGUCAUCGAGAAGCGCUCAACUGCGCGGCUCGCUCAUCCUUCAUAACCGGGGCGUGGCGAGCCACAUGUAUACAUGUCACUCUGUACGUUGCUACCUCGAGCGACAAGCCGUAUUUCGUGCGUAUCGCCAGGGCCUUGGAGCUGUGCGUUGACCUCGAAUCUACUUGGAGGCUGUCCGUUGUGGGCCCCCUCAAAGAGGGGGUUACAAAACCGUGAUUUUUGACAAAACCGUGGGCCAUUAUCGCUGUUGGAAAACUAAGCCCAAAUGUACCUUAGCGAAACUAAAAUCCACGUUAUUAAUCCAAUUUUGAUAAAAUUA